CAUAUUAAACGGCAAGAUUGGUCUUGCAAAGAGUCCCACAUGCGAUUUCACAAAUAUUAGACGCGAAUAACGAUUUCUCUACCUUUCUUCAAGUUGAAGGGGAAUCCAAGAAUUCACAACUCGGUCUAGCGAAUAACAAUGGCCGAGAAUGCCAAUUUAUCGAAGUGGCUGGGUGGCUAUUAUAUGGUCGUGCUGAAGGAACCUUUCGGCCAACGUAUUCAGGGAAUUCUAACAGGUCUUGUUCCCCAACAACACCUUACGCUAGACCAAGCCUUCGGGGUAGAUACAAACCAAUUCUUCGGCCGAAUAGUCAUCAGCGCGAAUAACGUUAGCGAUAUUUCCCCAACCCCGAACCCUACUCUUGCCACUGCUGAAACUACACCUACGUCGACAACGGCACCUCCUUCGGCCUUCCAAGAUCCUGCAAUUCUAAGCUUGACUCCGAAGGCAAACACGGCUCCUCGUCGUGAUCCACGCUAUCAUGCCCAACCUAAUAUCGCAGAGAAACGAGAUCCAGUCAUACCUAAUCCUGCCGAUCGCUUGACAUAUUCUUCCCCUGAUGAGGCGACCGACGCAGCUGCCACUGUUACACUCAGUGCUUCUACGGCUAAACUACGCAUAUCCCCGACUCCCCAUUCCAGGAGAAAUACUAUAACAGAACCCAAAGCCCAAGUCGCUCCUAUUAUACCCAACGAACCAUCUGACUCCCGAAAGGACAACCGGAGGGGCGCACGAGGUAGGGGCCGACGUAGAAACAAGGUAGCUGAUGGCAAUGGCUCCCCUGCACAGCAGACCAGCCGAGGGGCAGGUUGGAGAGAGACGCCCAUCCUUGAAUCUACUAAGUCGUUCCAGCCAUUUGCGUCGCUGAAGAAGAGCCAGAAAAGUAAAGUGGAAGGAAAUGCCGAAAAUGGCUGGGCUUCGGAGGACGUUACGGACGUACAAGAAGCCGGCGACUUUGACUUUGAAGGGGGCCUUGCCAAAUUCGACAAGAGGAAGAUCUUUGACGAGAUGAAAGAGCAGGACGAAAUUGAUGAAGCUGAACGCCUGGUAUCACAUAACCGUCUUCCUCGACCGAAGCCUGGAACGGCUGGCGGAAAGAACCUUCAUUAUAGCGAGAAUGUUUUGGAUCUGCCUUCGUCGGCAUCUAAACCAAAAGAAGCCCCUGGCGACUACUGGAAGAGUGAAGCUGAUGAUGACCUCGCCAAUGGAGGCGACCGAGCAAGCGUAGUAGAGGGUAGUGGGCGCAGUUCUCGACUCCGUGGUGAUUCACGAUUGUCCAUGACGCGACGUUCGCAGUCUCGCAAGGCCAGCACCACAGCAAGUAUUGCUGGCUCGAGUCGAGUCAAUUCAGGGGGCACUUCAACCCCUAGCGGAUUCUAUACCGUAAAUUCCAAUCGCCGAAUCGAAGCUAUCGCUCACCUCCCGAUGCAGACGCUCGAGAAUGUGGCACGUCAUGAAUUUGGUUUCAGUGAGGAUCUUCUAGCCGAAAAUGCAGGCCGUGGCAUCACAGAAGUCGUAAUGCGUGUUCUUGAUGAUCCCGCUAUUAGACUUCGUGCGGCCGCUGCGUCGCCGCCCAGUAUGACUACCGUCGUUGUUCUCGCUGGUAACAAUAAGUCAGGAAUUCGUGCCUUGGCAGCUGCUCGCCACCUUCGAAACCACGGGAUUAAUGUCUUAGUGUGCGUGGUUGGUAUCGAACGAGAGCGAGAACUGUUGGAGGAUAUUAGAAAGCAAGCUCGCCUCCUCCGCAACUUUGGCGGCAUCAUCUUCAGCAAGUCGGAGCUUUUUGAGCAUGUCAGCCAAGCUAGUAACACAUUAGAGACGGCUUCGCAAGGCUUCGUCACCCUGAUCAUCGAUGCGCUCCUAGGACUUACGACCCCAUUUGAAGAACUCCGAAAGUCGGACCAGGCCACUACUUACGAACUUAUGGAAUGGUCAAACAGGAAUGAAGCUUUUGUUAUGUCAAUCGAUCUGCCAAGUGGCAUUGAGCCGCAGACUGGCCGUGUUAACGUGAUCGACGGAGCUAAGCUCUACGUCCAUCCCCGUUACGUAGUUGCCCUUGGCGCACCGAAAGUUGGUCUGUUGAAGGCGCUGGAGGCGGCUGAUGACCGAGAUAUCAGUAUGGUAGGGGAAUGGAAGUUGUUCCUUGCUGAUAUCGGGCUGGGACCGGUCAUUUGGCGGAAGGUGGCGACCAAAAUUCGACGCGGUAUUGAUUUUGACGAUAAAUGGGUAUUAGAACUGCGAUACCAACCGGGAGGAGAGGACGACUAGGUCACUACUUUCCGCAUUCAUCUCUGCAUGGAAACCAACUUGCAUUGGAAGUACUUGGUUAUUCAGGAUGAGCAUAUAUCAUCUACAUUUACGCCCCUCGCC